GACGGUAAGGUGCGGUGGAGGUAAGGGAAGGGGCGGCCUUUAAUGAGGCGAUAGGAGCUGUGGUUGGGCGGAUCUGACACUGGGCUUGUCUUUGUUUGGGGCGGCCCGCCUCUAACAGUCACUCCCUCUUCCCUCUGGGGUUGGUGUGCUUGUGUUUAGUUCUCAGAGAUAGUCAAAUAGGAUUCCUUUGGGAAGGGACACAAAUCACUCCCAUUUUAACAAGAGGAACAACACGGGAUCUGCAGCCACAAGGGUCCUCCUCUUCUUGAUUUCCAAUUUCUUAUUCAUUUCCAUUUGACAGGGAAUAUCUCUGCAAAAGGAAAACAAAGACAGAGAAAAAGAAGAAAAAAACAACUUGUCAGGGGUUGAUGCCAUUUGAUCUAGCACAAUCUGAAAGCUCUAGUUGAUCCCAGAGCCCAUAGAGCAAGUCUCUUUAAUACGGGGGGGAUAUCGUCAAAAACCUCAAGUGAGAUUCUGUUAAUUUGCACUGUCUUGCGUUUCGCUCGUUUGUCUUUUUAUCACUGUUUGAAUUGCUGUUCGUCUCUGACACACCUGGAUUUCGAUAAGUCGCCUUUGGACUCUUUUCGUCUUUUUCGCUUGGUUUGAAGUAAACAGACAAGACUGUCACUGGCAUCAACGCGGACCCAGUACUCGCUCGCGCCCACGUUGUUACCCUCUUUUACCUGUGAUUAGAGAAAAAACAUUUUGGGACACUCAAACGGAGAGAGGGAGCGCGAUUUUUUCAUGUUUGGGAUUCAGGAGAGCAUCCAGAGGAGUGGGAGUAGUUUGAAAGAGGAACCCAUCGGAUCCGGUAUGAACGCAGUUCGGACAUGGAUGCAGGGAGCCGGGGUGUUGGACGCGAACACCGCCGCUCAAAGUGGAGUGGGUCUUGCCCGGGCGCACUUUGAGAAACAACCGCCUUCAAAUCUUCGGAAAUCCAAUUUCUUUCACUUCGUUUUGGCUCUAUAUGACAGACAAGGACAACCAGUGGAAAUCGAAAGGACUUCUUUCCUCGGUUUUGUCGAGAAGGAAAAGGAAUCCACUGGAGAAAAGACCAACAAUGGUAUACACUACAGACUGCAACUUCUCUACAGUAAUGGCAUCAGGACAGAGCAGGACUUUUAUGUGCGACUCAUCGACUCCAUGACUAAACAGGCCAUUAUUUAUGAAGGUCAAGACAAGAACCCAGAGAUGUGCCGAGUGUUACUGACACACGAGAUCAUGUGCAGCCGCUGCUGUGACAAGAAGAGCUGUGGCAACCGCAACGAGACCCCGUCUGACCCAGUCAUCAUCGACAGGUUCUUCCUGAAGUUUUUCCUGAAAUGCAACCAGAACUGUCUGAAGAACGCGGGGAACCCACGGGACAUGCGCCGCUUCCAGGUGGUGGUGUCUACUACGGUCAGUGUGGACGGACAUGUCCUGGCCGUCUCUGACAACAUGUUUGUCCACAACAACUCCAAACACGGCCGCCGGGCUCGUAGGCUGGACCCCUCGGAAGGUACGCCGUCAUACCUGGAACAUGCAGCUGCCCCCUGCAUCAAAGCCAUCAGCCCCAGUGAGGGCUGGACAACAGGGGGCGCAACUGUCAUCAUCAUAGGGGAUAACUUCUUUGACGGCCUCCAGGUCAUCUUUGGCACCAUGCUGGUCUGGAGUGAGCUCAUCACACCCCAUGCCAUCCGGGUGCAGACUCCGCCCCGCCACAUCCCAGGGGUGGUCGAGGUGACCCUCUCCUACAAGUCCAAGCAGUUCUGUAAAGGCACGCCCGGACGCUUCAUCUACACAGCCCUGAAUGAACCCACCAUCGAUUACGGCUUUCAGCGGCUGCAGAAGGUCAUCCCCCGACACCCUGGAGAUCCAGAACGCCUUCCCAAGGAGGUGAUUCUGAAGAGGGCAGCAGACCUCGUGGAGGCUUUGUAUGGGAUGCCACACAACAACCAGGAGAUUAUUCUGAAGCGGGCGGCGGACAUAGCAGAGGCUCUCUACAAUGUUCCCAGGAACCACAACCAGCUGAGCGGCCUGGGCAAUAGCUCCGUCCACGCAGGCAUGAUGGGGGUCAACUCCUUCCCUGGCCAGCUGGCCGUCAAUGUGUCCGAGUCCUCCCAGGGAGCCAAUCAGGGUGAGGGGGCGGGUCGAUACGGGUGUGGCGCUAUCGUCAUAGAAACCGGUUUCAGUCGGAACACGAGCAGCGUGUCUCCACAUGGCUAUGUGCCCAGCUCCACCCCCCAGCAGACCAACUACAGCUCUGUGACCACCAGCAUGAACGGCUACGGCAACACUGUCAUGUCCAACCUGGGAGGAUCCCCCAGCUUCCUCAACGGCAGCGCUGCCAACUCGCCCUACGCCAUCGUUCCCUCCAGCCCCAACAUGGCGUCCUCCACCAGCCUGCCCUCUAACUGUAGCAGCUCUUCUGGGAUCUUUUCCUUCUCCCCUGCCAACAUGGUGUCGGCCGUCAAGCAGAAGAGCGCCUUCGCCCCCGUGGUGCGACCCCAGACCUCACCCCCGCCCACCUGCACCAGCACCAAUGGCAACGGUCUCCAAGAUCAGUCUUUUGUGGACUCUAGCAAGUACUCCACAGCCAGCUCGCUGCAGGGCCUGGCCUUCUCCUGAAUGAUUCCUGGAAUGAUCGUUCCUCCCAUGUAAGCGGUGCGUGUGUGUGAGGUGAGGAGAAGGACACACACACCCAGACAUGGAUCUCAGCAUGUACAUAAGGCUCCGGUUUAGGACUGGAUCGUCAGUCCUGCAUUGAAGGAAUGGAACCCGUAACUCAGGCCCUUUUUAAAAGGAAUCACAUUUGAACAAAAAGAAGACGAAGAAAAAAAGAAAAAAAAAGAAGAGAAUUUGCAACAACCUCUUUUGAAUUUGUACACCUUGUUGACACUUUUUAAGAGGGAAGGCAAGGCCACAGAUUACCCAGAAAGCCCACCUAAAAACAUUAUUUAUUUUGGAGAGGAUUGACUCUUUCUUUUAUUUUGUGCAUCGUUUGUGUUUUACCUUUGUGCGAGAAUACACAUUUCCCAUUUUCAAAAUGUAAUACACGCUAUUAGAGGGAUUUUUUUUAUUUAUGAAUCUAAAAAAAAAAAGAUAAAUGAAGAAAAUGUUUGUGAAGGAUAAAACAACAUGUUGAAAGUGAGUGGCAGAGAACCUCCAGUUGAAUAGUGAAGACUGAAUUAGAUUUAUACAAUAACAGUAUGCUGGAGACUAUGCCACAUGCCCUAACUAACCCUAAGGCACAGAAAGACACAUACAUGCUAGGUAGCACAAGCUAACUAUGCACCAUUGCAGAAACUCUCUGCUUUCGAGUUUUUUUUGGCCACCACAAACAGCCCAUACACAUUUCUCUCCCUCUCAUGCCAAGCAGAGACUGCCAUCGCCACGACUAGCGCUUUCACUCAUCUCCACAGAAAGCAAGUGAUUUAUCCAUGAUGACACAUAACCAGCCAUUCACCCCAUGUUGGCUGUGAGUGCACCGAUCGUGUCCAAGCUCCUAGGUGGUUGUCAGAGAUAGAGAGCAGAGCCUGAACCUGCCCUGGAUGCCAACAGUGUCUCUACUGUAUGGACUUUGGACCGCUAACUUGCUGUGGAGCCGCUCAGCCAAGUCCUGUAACUGUACAUCAGAACCCCUUUUGUUAAAGUGUUUUCUCUCUCUCUCUCUCUCUCUCUCUCUCUCUCUCUCUCUCUCUCUCUCUCUCUCUCUCUCUCUCUCUCUCUCUCUCUCUCUCUCUCUCUCUCUCUCUCUCUCUCUCUCUCUCUCUCUCUCUCUCUCUCUCUCUCUCGCUCUCUCUCUCUCUCUCUCUCUCUAUCUCUCUCUCUCUCUCUCUCUCUCUCUCUCUCUCAUCCACCACGAAAUCUCAAUGAAGGAAACCAUACAUUUUUAAAGGGUGUUGCCAUUUCACUUUUGCUAUAUCGUGUGAAUUUAAAUUUUGUAUUAUUAUAGUUGUUCUGUUUGUUAUGCUCUCACCAUGAAACUGUGAUCAUGGGCCGGCCAUUAAAAAUGUGCUUCUUAUUCCACCAUGUUACCGUACAACAGUUUAGGAUCUGAGAAACGGAAUACUGGGAGACACUAUAGACAGACUAAUGAGUCAACAGUGAGGUGUGUAGUGGUGUCCCAGCUGCCAUGGUGAUCAAUGGAAUAGCCAGCACUGUAAAAGUUACCUACUCCUCAGAUGCCUAGCAAAUAUCUGAAUCCAACCUUUUCAAUUGUUUUUUUUGCUUCCUUGUGUGAUGUGUGUUUUUUUGUAUAUAGUAAAACGUUUGUUAGUCUUUGUGAUUUUUUUUUUUUUUGCCAAAGUCAUUGUUUAAGAUAUAUUUAUACAUUUAAAGAAGUCUUAAGGCAGCUUUACAAUAUAGUGUCACGGAUGUCAUGUUUACUACAUACUCAAAAUGAUCUCAUCAACUUUAGCUCGGAGAUUUUGGAUAGUAAAAAGGGAUAUACAGUAUGUAAAAUAUCCAUAUAAAUAACGUAUGUAUCUCCUGAAUUUGUACAUUGCUUCUUCAUCGUCCUUCAUGUGUAUGUUUGCAUUUGGUGACAGUAUCGAUUAUUUUUUAUUCGGUUGUCUACCAUGUUCCAUGUUUAAAUGUAAUUUUGAUACAUUUCAUUGGUAUGUUUUUUUGUGUUUUUUUUGUUUUUGUUUUAAGCCAUACUUUCAUUUCUAAUUCCAUCCUCCCUAAAGCCAUUGUCUAUUUUUGUAUAAUUUGUCAGUUAAUGAAAAUGUUGUUGUUUUCUUUUUGUCUUGAUAUUGGAUUUGUUUUAUCACAUGGUAAAAGUAGCAUAUUAUUCUUAUAGUAUUUAGUUAUAUAGGUUUUGAGAGUAUAUAAGUAUAUCAUAUAAAUAUCUUUUUUGCUUAGAUUUUUUUGGCUUUCAAAAGAACUGGUAGUGUUUAAAAACAAACAAUAUGCAUGGGUUUUCUCCUCCUAGCGAUGCAUUUGUGUGCUAAAAGCAGGAAGACCAUUUUUGGCAAAAAUAUGAAAAUACUCCCCCCUCCCCACCCCCCCAAUUUCACUUCCAUCUUAUUUUCCCUUUCCCCUCUGUUGUCUCACCAAAAUCUGAACCAGCAGUUUAGAUGCCUUAACAAUGCAAAGCCACAGUCGUCAGUGUAGAGUAGAGACCCCACCAGUGCUCUGCUAACAUACUUCAAAAUGGGUGCAACAAACAAAAUAUAGAGAGGGGGUAGCACAAGUGGAGCUGUUCCUUAUCCUGGAGCCCUGAGGAAUGUUUACCUGUUUUCCCUGUCACAGUGAGCGCUCGGCACGGCAAGGCAGAGAGAGUGGCAGGUAGUAAGAGAAGAGGAGAGAUGUAGGAUACAGAGGAGGAGGAGGGAGGGAGGGAGGGAGGCAAGGUGGUGGAUGGGGCUGGCUGGCUGAUAGGGGGAGGACACUAUGAUGAGAUGACUGAGAAGAGAAGGGAGGAUAAAUAUUUAAUGUGUUGAGCAGCUGGAGGGGUAAGGAGUGGUGGAGGAGAGGAGGAGAGGAGUGAGGUGCACUGCAAUACUCAUUUGAAGCCAAGCCUCCCCUUCACAUCCCUCUCUCAUAUACACAGCUAGGGGUGGGUUGAUGGUAAAGCCAUAUUCUAUCUACUGUUUGAUUCUGUUUGAGAAAGGUUAUGGUACAAUGACAGAUCUGAUGAUGAACAGUUUUAAAUGACAGCACAAUAAUCUGUACACACAAGUCAUUUUACACCCUUGCUGCCCUCUUCUGACUCUCCCCCUUUUCUCUUUCCCUCCCUUUAUAUACAAAUUGAGCCACCUGUUUAUCUCUGACAUGGGUCAUAUGACCACUCUUUGUAGUCUUUUGUGUGCGUGUGUGUGUGUGUGCGUCCGUGCGUGUGUGUGUGUGUGUGUGUGUGUGUGUGUGCGUGCGUGCGUGUGUGUGUGCGUGCGCUAACAGUCCUCUGAAAGAGAACGUGGCUUUUUAAUUUAAUUUCUGACGGAUAUUCUUUUAAGUGACUUUAUAGGAGGGGGAGAAUUUAAACUGAGGAUGAGGGAGUCUCUUGUAAAAUGCACUUGUGUAAUGAUGAGUUCAGCGUGUAUGCACUGUGACUCAGUUCUCCUGUCUUUCGGGUACAGGGGCAGACACGUUUGAGGUUUACUGUGUAACCGCCCAGCCAAGAGUAUAGAGCCAUCCCUGUCAGGGAGGUGGCCAGCUGGUCAACGAAAUGAAUGAAAUUGUUCUCUGAAUCCUAUUGUAACCCUUUUGAACAGAUCUCUCCAUCUCUCUUACCAAGCCAUGUCUUUGACUGGACACACAGAGCAGUUAUAUAUUGAUAGACAGGGAAAAGAGAAAAUUAAACUAGUGUAAAGAUGAUCUCCUUCUGUUUUGUUUUUUUGUUGGAUUAACUUUGAACUGUAAAAUAACUUUUCAACUUUCACAAUAUUUAAUUAAAGUUCCCUCUUGUCUGUGAAA